ACGCAUCCUUGAUGAUGCGCACGUUACGAAAGUGUGUAAUCGUGCAUACUGUAUUUCGGUUUCUGAUACAUGUGAAACGAACGUGUUUAUAUUGACCUCUCACUUUCCCCCGCUCACUUUGUCGGCCGUCCUUCCUCACUAGGCGACGAAGUUUUGCUGGCAAGUAUAACCGAUGACUUAAGCCGGCUCAUAGUCACCGUCAGGCUUGUGAUUCGAAAACUACUAGAAACGCUUCACGAGAAGUCAAUUACUCAACGCUGUUAGCAGCUGUGACAUUUUGUUGAUCAAAAUGAUAAAGAUAAAAUCCACGGAACAGGAGGAGGGAGGUAUGGGUUUCAAGGACAAGCAGAAAGCGUUAGAUACGCUCAAGAUUCUGGAUGGCCGUGAUAUCAGUUAUCAAUAUCACGUAAUUAUGAGCUUCGUCAGUCGUGUGAAAAGAACGCUGCAGAUCACGCGAGACGAAGAGAAGCUGAUGAAUCUACGCGAUGCUUUGAAAAUCUUCGAGGAUUGGUUAAUAGAUUAUAAGAAGAAUAACCGAGCGAAGGAGAAUCUCGCGUAUCUGCCAAUCGAAACGAUCAAAGCCUUUCGUAGUCUCGCAAAGAAGUACAAUGUGUGGAACGACGAAUUCUUCAGAGCGUAUAAGGACAAAAAGGGCGACUAUAAGAGCCUGCGUAACACAAAAGUUCCCAACUCUGAUACCACGUGGGACAUAGAGAGAAACAAACUCCUAAGGGAGAUUAUUGAUAGAAUUAAGGAUAAGUACAUUCAGUGGUACGAGACGGAUAUGGGCGAUUUUCGAGGAUUACCAACAAAGGAGCAUAUGCAAUGCAUCUUGCUCGGUUACAGUCCCGAUCCCACAAAGCUGAAAAAACUGGCGGCUCAGGUGCGCGAAAAAUUCGGUGAUGAUGGCAACAUGGAUGUCGAGGAACAACGUAAAAGCGCGAAAAGAUCUCACGAUAGCUCGUCGAGUAGCGAUAACGAACCGGAGAAAAAGUGCACGAGGCUUUCAUCAGAAACUGAAAAGGAUGAAAAGAACAAAGAAACUCAAAACGCACUGAGUUUUAAAGAUAAGGAAAAAGCUUUGCAAAGCAUCAAGUCUUUGGAAGGUAGAGAUAUAUCCUAUCAGUAUCACACGAUUAAUGGACUGAUGAAGCGAGCCAAAAGGGUAAUAUCAUGUACUAAAGACGAACAAAAGAUCAAGAACAUGCAGGAAGCUGUCGAGGUCUUUAAGAAUUGGAUUACCGAUUACGAUGUGAACGGUCGAUCGAAAGAGAACUUUAAUUAUCUAACAAUCGACGUAGUGCGGGGCUUUAAACCUUUAGCCAAUCGAUAUGGCAUCGAAGACAACGGUUUCCUCAAAGUCUACGAGGAGGUAGAUGGGGACUAUAAGAAACUCAGGUCUGUCCGAUUUUUUGAAUCGGACGUUACUUGGGACGUGAAAAGAAACGAACAUCUACGGGAACUCAUGAAUCACAUAGAGGAGAAGCACAUUCAGUGGUUUAAUACAGAUGCUGAAUUCCGAGAUUUGCCCACUGUGGAGCACACUCAAUGCAUCAUGUGGGGUUUUACUCAUGACAUCGCCAAACUUAAAAGACUCCUGCCUACGUUAAGCGAGAAACUUCAUUGUUAAAUCCUGGGGUGGGGGCUGGAAGAGGGUAUCACCAUUGGUUGAAAAGGAUAACUAAAAUUAUUCAGAAUAUAAUAAAAGGGAGAAGAAAGGAAAAAAAAAUAAAGAAAAUACACAUAUUUAUAUGUAACUUAAACUAAUUGAAGAGAAUUCUAAAAAGUAAGUAGAAACUUAAGAUAAAUAAAAUAUAAUCAAAAAGUUAUCUUGAUAAAUAAAGGAAAUUAUACACAACCAGAUCUCUGGGCCAAUAGAUCUGAUUGAGUUUGAUUAUACGUCGUGGUACUGUGAUCUUCAAUAGAAGUCGGAUAUCCAUAGACCAAUAGAAGAAGAAUUGCCAUUAAAUUUACCGGCAAUCUUCUAAAAUGUAAGAAAAUUGUGACAAAUGCAAAUAUACAACUAUAUUAAAUACAAGUAUAAAUUUAUAUUGUGUCUCUUUUUAUAAUUGAAAUAGGUGGAUCCACUGUUUGGUGGAGCUUGCAAUAAUAUUAAUUAAUAAAAAUUGUAUUCAAUAAUUGCAUAAUGUGUAUAUGUAUAAUAAAUAAACUUAUACAAAGUUAUAAUAAAUAUUUUAAAUAUUUUUUUUUAGAUUUUAUAUUGUUGAAAUAACAUGACACUUUUAAAUCAACAUCAACAUGUUUACUAUCUACUACUCCAAUACAAUUGAGAUAAUUACACAGAUCCUCAAAGUCUUUGGCUACUUUACGUCAAUUUUCUGCUGUUGGAUUAAGGAAAACUUUUUUCUUUAAUGAGUCUUAAAUACUUUGACAUGUUUCGGCAAUUAUUUUCGAUACUGUAUAAUUUUCUAUACGAAAUAGAUAGAGAUGCUAUCAUAGAGAUACUAUCAUCACUGACUAAAUAUCGCAAAGUAAUUUCUAAUUGUGUCCGUGAUGCAAUUGGUUCUCAGACUGCAUACUGCUUCUCAAUUUUUGGUUGACCAACAAUUUCUCGAUUAAAAUUGGUGUCAAACUCAAAAAAUUACAAUAUUUUAUGUUGUUGGAGUUCAACAUUUCAGGUAUUAGAUUAUCAUUGGCACCCUGUAGAAAUCUUUCAAGCAUGAAGAUCAAACCCAAAAAUUUUUUUUUAUUUUUUUUUUGCAUUUUUAUGUUGCGUCCUUUUAUAGAUUCUAUAUAAUUUGAGUACCUUCUUUUGAACUGCUUUGUGAUAUAUUUAGGAUUGUCUCUAUUUCCUCCAAUAUUAUGUAGUUGCAUAAUAAUGCAAUUUUAGAACCCAUUACAGUUUUGAUUACAAAUCUCUAGCAUGCACAUGCGUGUUAAACAGUUGCUUCUACACCUACAUAGAUAUUUGGUUUUUUCUUGUUUGCUUUGAGUUUUUUUGCAUUCUAGUUACAGCAAUUCUAUUUGCUUCUUUAGUUUGGCAAUCUCUGACUGAACAUCAAAAUCGUCAUUUUGUGCGCUCAAACAUUUAUAUUUAUAUUUAGAUAAUAUUAAUUUCUUAAUAUAAUUUGCCGCUUUUAUAUACGUCUAUAUUUACAUUUUCACGAGUUUCAUGAUUUUUUGUACUUAAUUUAUGCAGGCUUUAACAAUGCGCAUGUUAUUACACAGAAUAAUAAUUUUCAUCAAAUCUAUCGCUUUUGGAUGUAUUUGCGCUGAAGACGGCUCAAAAUUAGAGCUGAAACGUUCGGUUUUGAUGUGUAAUUAAAUUCACUUUCGUGAAAAUCAUAAUUUUUUGUUGAUUUCUUUUGCGCACCGAUUACCGCGCUUGACUCGUAUUUGCCGCUUUUAUAUACGUUUAUGUUUACAUUUUCACGAAUCCAAUUAUUUUUUUAUACUUAAUAUUAUUUCACUUUCAAAAUGCAUUUAGGUAACAGCAUUUCCUGGUUUUCGCAAAUGUCUUUGUUACAUUUGUACGCCGAAUGGCAUUGGCUAUUUCUUACACCCGCAUAUGCGGGUACCGUAAUUAGUCUUACACCUGACGUGUAGCCGGCUCGUUUAGGUAGAACGUUUUGCAGUUCUAACGCUCGCACUUUUUCUUUUAACUUAUUUAUCUCUGUAUUCAUGUCUUUUAGCGCGCUGAAAAAUUUUCACAUUUAAUAUUUUACAAUUAUCAAUUCUUUAGUGUAAAGUGUUUUUAUUUUGUAUAGAUCUAUUUAACUUAUAAUUACAAAAAGUACAUCUUACCUGGUUUGAAUUUUCACACUGUUUCGUGGCACAUUUGCAUGCCAGGUGAUAAUAUUGGUUUCUUUUUGUACACCCGCACAUGCGUGUAGAACAGUUGCUUCAACACCUACAUAGAUUUUUUUUUGCUUGCUUCUAUUAUUUGGGGGGGGGGGCUUAGUUGCAGCUAUUCUAUUUUCUCCUUUGGUUCGGCAAUUUCUGACCGAACAUCAAAAUUAUUUUGUGCGCUUACGUUUACCCCGCCUCCAAACAGCAUGAGUUGAUCGCAGGACAAUCUGUCCCACCGGUCGCCCCACUGUGCACAUGCGUCAAUCACAUAUCAGCCAAUCAUAGAUUGUAGAUGUUCUCGACGCUUGCGCACAAGUAAUCUGUGGGACAAAAGGUUGUCCCACACGACUUCUUCGCACUGUCAUUGGACGGGCAGUGUGCUUGCAACCUAAUGGUUCUCGCACACUGAACGCGAUAAACGACGAGUGGUGAGCGAUAUUCAAUGAGAGUUCUGCUUUCUCCAACAUGGUGACGUAAUAUCCGAAAAUACUGAACUCCCAUUAGAUAUCUUUUAUCGCUCGUUGCUAAUCGCGUUCAGUGUGCGAGAGCCACAAGAUGAUGAUAUUUAUGAAUUUACUUAAAACGAAAUAAAAAUGUCUUAGUUCUCUUUUUUCUUACUUCUGCCAAUUCUUGUGGGUGUAAAUUUUUUUUUCCUGCUUUACUAAGUCCACUUCCGUAUUCAUGGAAAGAUUUUUAUCUAUAAUGUUUGCCGUUCUUAUUCCUCGUCUUCUGAUGUCUGUAAAACAAUGAAUGUUUUUUAAAAAGUCACAUUACACAUUAUGAUUGGUGGAAACUUUUUUUUUCAUUAAAAAUAAAAUUUUGUUUAAAACAAUGUUUUCUGUUUUACAUGUGUCUUUAAAUAAUAAAAAAAGAACAUGAGAAGCAGAUUUUUAAAAUGCAUUUAGAUAAUAGUAUUAUCUGGUUUAAAUUUUUACAUCGCUUGGUGUCACAUUUGCAUACGGG